CUCGGUCGGGCUGCCUCAACUUUUCCAGGCGUCGGGUUCUUUGGAGGAGUUAUUCUCUCGAUGACUGCAUUAUUUCCUCCUAUCAGGACGAAACUGCUAUCAUGGGAAGGCGGGAGGAGACCCAGGAAAAGCAGAGAAACUGACGACGUCGGCUGGCCUAGGAACUGUCAUACUUGCGUUUGUAUGUUUCCCGCGGGGCCAUUAGUGCUGAGGCCUGGCCGUGGGUCCUCGGAAGAGGACGCUCCUGCGAGCGGUGAAAAUGUCGAGUUUCUCUAGGGCGCCCCAGCAAUGGGCCACUUUUGCUCGGGUUUGGUAUCUCUUAGAUGGGAAAAUGCAGCCCCCUGGCAAAUUAGCAGCUAUCGCAUCAAUUAAACUUCAAGGAUUGCAUAAACCUGUAUACCAUCAACUGAGUGACUGUGGGGAUCAUGUUGUCAUAAUGAACACAAGGCACAUUGCAUUUUCUGGAAAUAAAUGGGAACAAAAAGUGUACUCCUCACAUACUGGCUAUCCAGGUGGAUUUAGACAAGUAACAGCUGCUCAACUUCACCAGAAGGAUCCGGUAGCAAUUGUGAAACUAGCUAUUUAUGGCAUGCUGCCAAAAAACCUUCACAGAAGAACUCUGAUGCAGAGGUUGCAUCUUUUCCCGGAUGAGGACAUUCCAGAAGAUAUUCGUGAGAAUUUAGUGGAGGAGCUUCCUCAGCCACGGAAAGUGCCCCGACGCCUGGAUGAGUACACGCGGGAAGAAAUCGAGGCCUUCCCAAGAGUGUGGUCUCCACCUGAAGAUUAUCGACUAUAGGAAAAUGAAAAUUGCAGAUGACGGAAAGAUCCAUGCGGUGAUUGAAACGUCUUCCUGAUGAGUUUCUCCUAACCUACGGGCAGAGUGCAGCUCCCACUGCACUUUGACAAGAGACGUGUCAUGGGUGCUGAGAGCUUGUGGUGAAAGGUCAGGGGGUGAUAUCCCUUCAAUAGGAAAUUGCAAUAAAAUACACUAUUUUAUAGAA